UUCCUUUCCCCUUCCUUUCCUCUUCCUCCUCCAUCUCCUCCUGCAGCGGGAUGGUAUUCAUCAAGACGAUGCUGGUGCGGCGGCGCGGCGUCCUGCUCAAGCUGGUGGUGGCGCUCCGGCCCGGCUGCUUGAGCCUGGGCCCCCUCUCCAGAAGGGACAAGGGCGACGGGCCCUGGCCUGCCCGCCCCCCCGUGCACGUGCGCCACGAGCAGAACAAGCUCGUCCGCAACGACCCCGUCAAGGAGCCGCCGCCGCCGCCGCCGCCCGUGCACCCGCGGGCGCCCGCCGUCGCCGAGAAGCAGCCGCAGCCGCCGCCGGAGGUCAAGACGCACACCAGGACGGAGGAGCCGCAUGAGGUACACCCCCAGCAAGGCGUCCUCCUGCCUCCCCAGGAGCCCAACGGCCCCGGAGAAAUGGGCAAGCCCGUGGUGCUCCCGAAGGACCUCGAUCCCGAGACCAAGAAGAAGGUGGACGAAGGCUGGAAGAACAACGCCUUCAACCAGUACGUCUCGGACAUGAUCUCCGUGCACCGAUCCUUGCCCGACCCGCGCGACGAAUGGUGCAAGGCCCCCGGCAGAUUCCUGGAGAACCUCCCUGAGACGUCGGUGAUCGUGUGCUUCCACAACGAAGCGUGGUCGGUGCUUCUGCGGACCGUGCACUCCAUCCUGGACCGGUCGCCGCCGCAGUUCCUCAAGGAGAUCAUCCUCGUCGACGACAACUCCGACAUGCCCCACCUCAUGAAGCAGCUGGAGGACUACAUGGCGCAGUACCCGAAGGUGCGCAUCAUCCGGGCCCCGAAGCGCGAGGGCCUCAUCCGGGCGAGGCUGAUGGGGGCCGCCCACGCCACGGCGCCCGUCCUCACCUUCCUCGACUCCCACUGCGAGUGCACCACAGGUUGGCUGGAGCCACUGCUCGACCGCAUCGCCCGAGACCCCUCUAACGUUGUAUGUCCGGUGAUCAACAGCUUAAAGGACGACACUCUGGAAUUCCAUUACCAUAAAGAUCCGUCCAGGAUUUCCGUUGGGGGAUUCAAGUGGAACAUGAUCUUCAACUGGCACGCCAUCCCGCAACGGGAGCGCGCCCGCCACCAGCACCCCGCCGAGCCCGUGCAGUCGCCCACCAUGGCGGGCGGCCUCUUCGCCAUCGACAAGGCCUUCUUCGAGCGCCUCGGCACCUACGACUCCGGCUUCGACAUCUGGGGCGGCGAGAACCUCGAGCUCUCCUUCAAGACGUGGAUGUGCGGCGGCACCCUGGAGAUCGUGCCCUGCUCCCACGUGGGCCACAUCUUCCGCAAGCGGUCGCCCUACAAGUGGCGCUCGGGCGUCAACGUGCUCAAGAGGAACUCCAUCCGCCUGGCCGAGGUCUGGCUCGACGAGUACAAGAAGUACUAUUACGAGAGGAUUGGCUACGACCUGGGCGACUUUGGCGACGUGAGCGAGCGGAAGAAGCUACGCGAGGACCUGGGCUGCAAGUCGUUCAAGUGGUACUUGGAGAACGUGUACCCAGAGCUGUUCGUGCCCGGAGACGCCGUGGCUUCGGGAGAGGUUCGCAACUUGGGUGCUGGCGGGUCUACUUGCCUCGACUCCCCUGCACGCAGGGCUAAUUUACACAAAGCUGUGGGCCUCUACCCUUGUCAUAAGCAAGGGGGUAAUCAGUAUUGGAUGUUGAGCAAGGAAGGAGAGAUCAGGCGCGAUGAAGCCUGCAUGGAUUACGCUGGUGCUGACGUGAUCCUUUAUCCGUGCCAUGGAUCAAAGGGAAACCAAUAUUGGGAGUACAACCCAGAGUCGAGUCGCAUCAUGCAUGGCAGCAGCAAGAAGUGUCUUGCAAUUUCUCAAGACCGGAAGAAACUCACAAUGGAAGACUGCAAUUUAGAAGAAUCAAGACAAAAGUGGAAGUUUGAAAAUUAUGAUCCCAGCAAAAAACUAUGAAAACAGAUCAAAUAUUAAGUAAAUAUUUGUUUUGUUUAUAUAUUUUUUCAAGUGCCUGUGUAUUGAUUUUCAGUAGUAUGCUGAAGAAUGGGAAAGAGUUUCAAGUUGAAUUAUUUAACAGUGAAUUUAGGUAAAAUUUUUGGAUGAGCCAAACUUCAAAUUCUUUCUCUGUAAUUGGUCGUCUUUAUCAUACUCUCUUGAUUUCGCUAAGAAAUUUUUAUGGUGGUUAAAUCACCCGCGGAAAUAUGCAGACCACUUGGUUCCCAUCCGCAUGAAUGCUAUAGGAAAGUUCAAUGUGAACUAAGGUUUCAGAAUCGGUGAUCACUGCGCAUGUCUUCUGCCACACUGUUGCUCUAGCUCGUAAAGGUUGUGAUCUAGAGGAUCUUCCUUUAGCUUUUUAUUCUACAGCUGGUCACUGAGACUCAAAAUAGAAAAAGAAAAAAGAAAAAAAAAAGGAUAAUUUCAUGUUGAAAGAAACAGGGUUUUUUUUCUGAUAACAUCCCGUGUUUCUGGUGAGAUUAUUUUUCUACUAAUUGCACUUCUGAUGUUCAUUUGAAAGCAAAGGCAGUUCAUAACAAAAUGCUAAGUGUUUUGUACUGUUUUAGUCAGAAAGACUUUCUUGUGAUUAGUGUAUUCAUGAAAACCAUCAAAUAUCGUAAGAGGUUUAGCUAAGUGUGACACAACAAAAUGAAUCAAGAGGUAACUUGUAAAGGGAAGUUUGAGUGGCCAGAAAUAGCUAUUGAAAACUGUUUAAAGUUAUAAUCCAUAAGAAAUUGAAUUAUUGGUUUUGGCCCGUGAGAUAUUGAUAUGGUAAAUUUUAGUGGGGAUGUUCUAAAAAUAGUUGCAGCUGGAUUUAGUAUCAAUGAUACAGCUUAUGGAGAAGUGCGAAACUGUUUUGAGACUGUUGGACCAAUGUACCAGUGAUGUGGUAGGUGGACAUGAACAAGUGUGCCUCUGUUGACUGUGCCAGAAAUAAGAAUUGCAGUUUGUGAUUAGAAGAAGUUGGUAACAUGCUUCUUAUUAGUGGCAGGAUUCAGAAUACUGGAUAUCCAGUAUGAAAUUUGAUGAUUGAAAAUGAUUCACAAUUGCAAAUCAUGUUCUGAAAUAGCAAAAUGUAGGACCAAUCUGUAAUAUUAUAUAGUGUGUGAAGAGUGACUCUGUGUGUUUACCAGUCUAAGAUACUUCAGAUUAUCUUAUCCAGAAUAGUGUAUUACCUCAUGUUAAUUUUGUUUCUCCUUGACUUCAGUACUGGUUACUGUAGUUUGAGUACCUUCUCCAUAUUGGUGCUUGGGAUCUACUCUUUGAUUUUUAGGGUAAAAAAAAAAUGUUUUGGGAAUAUGAUAAAUGGGUAUAAAGUUCCCAACCAGUAGUGUUUUGGGAAGAAACACUAAUUCUUGACUCUAUGCCCACAAUGUGGGAGAAGGAGAAAGACAAGAGACAGGUCAGGAUGGUGGUUGUCAAUUAUGUUGUGAUGUAAAUAUCCAGAUCCUGAUCCAGGCAUUUGCCAGGAAGGAAACCGUAACAAGACACAGAUAAUUCUAGAGAGAUUUGUCUAUGUAUACAGUCAAAUCUAUGUCCAUUAGCAGAAAAGUAGUAAAACUCAUUUCAAGUUUACCCCUCCACCCUUAUUCUUUCUGUUCAUGUGUUUCACUUUUUAUGCAUAUUCACCAACACUGAUUUUCAUUAUAAUUACAUUCUAUAAUGUCUUCCUGAUCUGCAAUGUUAAGUCUUAUUAGACACUUAUCUCUUAUAUGUAACUGUUACUGCUUUCUGUGAUUUCUCUGUCCCAAUCAAUAUGUGCAAUAAGCAAGACAUAUCCUCUUCAUGGGUUAAAAUUCAUCAUCAGUUUUUCUGUUUCCAUUUUCAUUUAACUGCCAACACUUGAAGAAAGUCAGGAAUGCUGUGCUUUUGAAGAUAUACACACAAUGGGGACAGCUUUAAGAUUCAUGAAAGUUACAAGAGUGUGUGUUUUGUUGCCUUUUAUUUUUUCUAGCAUAUUUACUCAGUUGUAGUUAUGGAUUGUUAUUAGAAUCCCUGUAACAAGAAUAUGAAAUGGAUAUUUGAUCUAGAUUUAUCUAGAUGUAUAGAGAGAACAUGAUGUACAAAAUUGAUUAAUGUUAACAGUUAAGUUUCAUAGUGGUAGUUUAUUAAAAAGCUGCUUAGUGUUUCUCAAUAUGAUUGAUAUGAUUUUCGUUUUUUUAACUUUAUUAGAUUUCUGAUAAAGUUUUACCCAGUGACAUUUACAGUUUAAUCAAUUAUACUUGCAAAUUGUGUAGAAGAAAUAUCAGAGCUAUUGUAAUAAGGUAAAGGCAAAAAAAAAAAGUCUGAAUGCUAUUGAUAAAGAAUUAUUCCCACUAAGAGCUUUGUCCCCUGAUUUGCCUCAUGUGUUAUUUGUGAUGUACUUGGUAGAGUUAAGGUGUUAUGUUAAAAACUCCAUAUUUGGCUACUAUAGCAUUCCACUUAACAUUCCUUGAUACCUUUUCUUUUACACAUUGAACGUUAGUGUUAAUUACAUCAGUGUACAAAAUAUCAUUUGAGUAUCAUUGUUAUAAUAUGGUUAUUUAUAAAAGCUAACACAUAUCUUUUAUUCAUGAAAACACUGUUGCCAUUUCACAUAUCAGCAUUUAGGGUAAUAACUUUUCAGUAGUUUUUGAUACGGCUGCUUCACUGUUUCCUUUCAUUUCAGUGUAAAUGAGUAGAAUGUAAUGCUUUUUACAAAUUUACACAGCUCUGUAUCAUAUGAUAUAAAGACAAACACUUACUCUUCUGUACAAAAGAUAGAUUAAAGUGUAAUGGCUUACUGUAAAAAAAAAAAAAGAAAAUAAUUUUGUAUGACGAUCUUAAAAAGUAUUGGGAAAUAUGACACACAUGUACACUUAUGCACACACGCACACACCCCCACACAUACACACACAUUCAUGAAGACAUUAAUGGUUCUCUCUUUAAUAAUCAUCACAGAAAUCGGUCCAGUAUUAAUGUUGCAGGGUUGGACGAGCAGUUCACUAUCAGACCAGUGACUAGUUAUGCAUUGGGAAUUCAUAUUACUGUUGCUGGUAGAAGACCACUGGAUAUGAAGUAAGAAGUAAUUACAAAAGAUAGUCAUGCAAACUGACCUAAAGAAGUGGGAGUAAUAAUUUGUGAUGCAGAUUGAGUAAUUUUUAGACAUUCUUUGUUCUAAUUUCUUGUCAUAUUUGGUGAAUAAGGACAUAAGCAAUUUGCAUAACCAUUACUUUGAUAAUGUUUAUUAUAACUGAAGAUGUUAGAUUAAAAUAUUUAUGAAAAAUAUAAUAUUUAUGGAUGGCAGUCAUUUCCUGAUGUAUGUUCUUCUGAAAUCUGUUUUUCUUUUUUACAACUGUAACAAAUUUUGCAAUUAUGAGAAUUAAGUUGUUUCCUGUAUUUCAUAUCAACAACCAAUCAAGGACAGAUAUAAUUUCUGUACAUAAAACAAGAAUUUUAUUGGAUUAUUAUAAUAUAGAAAAGGAACUUAUUUUUGAUAGAGUAAAUCAGUGCAUGUGAUAUCAGGUAAGAUAUAUAUAUAUAUAUAUAUAAUUACUGUAUAUAUUGAUACUAAACAAGAAUUGCCAUGGAUAAAAUAGAAGAAAACAAUGUAUUAGGCAUUGUGGCUAUGAGACUUGGUUCCAAUGAAAGCUGAAGAUGAUGGGUAAGUGUAAUAUAUGUGACAUACUGUUAAAGAAGAAAUGGUGGGAAUUGAUUUUAUUUGGAAAGACUCUCCCGUCCAAGGCCAGGUGCUUGCUGCUACUGAUUUUCAUGCUAAAGGGAGAAGUUGUUGUCUCUGCAUCAUUUGAAGCAGCUGAAAUCUCUGUCAUCAAGUAAUAGGCAAGACGAAAAGAAAAGUAGAUAUCGUCAAGUACAGCUACCAUUGUGAUGGAGCAUAGCAUGUAUAGCACCAUCUGAAUAUCUGUCCUUUUUUGAAAAUUUGUUUUCCUCUAAAAUGGAAAUCCAUGUUAACCUUGUGUGUGUAUAUACCAAUACAACUAUUGGUUGCUUUUCUGAAUCACCAAAGAAUUAUCUUGUAAUUAACUUGCACAACCAUUUCCCAGUCCUCUUUAAUUCUAUGGUGAAUAACUUUAUUUAUGAAAAUGUCAAAUUUUAUUUAGUAUAUUUUGGAAUAACAACAUUCCUCACUGUAAGUAUGAUGCAAACAUUCUGUACUUCACAUGACAGACAAACAGAGAAAAAUAUAGAUUUCAUCAGAAGGUUGCUCAUGUGUUGAAUCAUAUGCCACUUAAUUUCAUGUCAUUUGUUUUAAGAUUAGAUCAUUACUAUUAUUGAUAUUUAAAAGAUGUUAUUUGAUGCCUUUUUUUUUUCUGUGGAAUUUUAUUACUGACGUACAUUAAGGAAAUAUACCAAUGGACAUAUUAACAUAUUGUAUACACCAGUUGUGAUUAAUAUUUAGAAUAGCAGAGUGAAUGUGUAUGAUGUGUAAACCAAUUACAAGAUUGUGUGCUACAUUUGUUGUGUGCUAAAUUAAGCUAACCAGUUGUUUUCCAAUGGAAAGGGGAUAACACUGUAUGAUUGGGCAAGUUUUGAUGUCCAUUAUGCAUUAAAACCCCGCAUGUGUGAUUCCUCAAAGGGUGCCUUAUUAAAACCAUUCCUACUGCCA